AUGAAUUACGAUUAUAAAUCCUGCUUUUGGGAUCCCCAUGAUGAUGGGGUCAAUGUCCUUCUAACACAUAUUCAUGCAGGUAUUAAAUCAAGUGGGACGGUGGAGAGUUUCUUCAGACAAAGAACAGAACUUGAAAAAGAUUACGCUAGAAGACUAGGUGCCAUUAAUGAGAAGUUACAGCAAAACCUACAAGUUGAUCCAGAGUUUGGACAUUUGAAUAAAGCAUUAACAACGUUAUUGGAAGUAGAGAAAGCAAAGGCACAUGCUCAUUCCAAACAAAGUGAAGUAAUCUAUAGGCAAGCUUUCAGUAAUACCAAACUCUUUAGAGGAGAAUUACAAGCAAGAUAUACAACUUUAAGUGGAAAGAUUGAAAAAAUGCGUGUUGAUAAAUUUAACAAGAAAAAAGGUUGUGAGGAGUUGUCUAACCGUUUAGAGAAGGCUACCGUAAGGGCAAGAGAUUUAAGGCUUAACCAGAAUAAUAUCAUUGGAUCAAAAAGGGUUGAACAAAAUGAAAAGGAAUUAGCCAAAUGGGAAAACAAUGAACAAGAGACGAAAUUGCAAUUAAAUGUUCUAAAACAAGAAUAUAAAGCAUCUCAGAGACAUUGGUUACAUGAAUGGGGUGAUAUUACUCGUCAAUUACAAGAAAUGGAACAAGCAAGAAUACAGUUUAUCCAAGCUAAAUUACAAGUAUAUAUUGAAACAUGUAUGGAGACUAGCAUUCUUGAACAAUCGAAAAUGGAUCUAUUAAACAGUCGCUUAAUGGUUUUUACUUCAAUUGAUGAUAUUGCCAAAUUUUCAAGUGAACAUGGUACUGGAAGGCUCAAGGAAAAACAUGUCAACAAAAAAUCAUUUGAAGAUCAACCAGGAGAACUUCUUGAUCAACGUUCAUCUAACAAACACAGUCCUAUCGAUGAUAAUGGAGCCGAUUAUAGAUCUUCAAGAGUAUCAUAUAAUCACCUCGGUACCGAUCCGUAUAUUGAUAACAUUCGUAAACUGUCCUCUAAUUUACAAAAACGUUCACAGAAUAGAAGUUCACAAUAUAAUAAGGCUAUGGUAGAUACAGGAGGAUUGCAGAAUACUAAUUCCAACAGCGAUUCUACAAUAAAGGCAAAUUCUAACAAAAUUUAUGAGUCUCCCUCUAUGAAUAAAAAUAAUCAAUAUGAGGAUUUAAUGAAAAAUAGUGAACACAGGCCAAUAACGCCUCCACCUGAGCCUAUAUGCAACACAGAGGUAGUUGAACCACUACAGGAAGGUGAAGUUGAAAUUCCUCACAGUCAUAAAGAAAGUUCGAAUUCGUAUACAACUUCAGAAUCAUCAUCUAAUCCAACUGACUUUACCACACACUUGAAAAAAAGAGAAAGUUUAGAAUCGAUGACGACUUCGGUGAGUUCAAUGGCUUCCACUAUAGGAGAUGCUCAGAGAUUUUCUAAAUCAUGGAAUUCUUCAUCAAGGAAACGUAAGUCUAUGAACCAUAUCAAUCAAUUAUUAAAUGACGAACAUGAUAAAAAUAGGCAAGCAAGCACAAAUACAGUAAUAAACUCGCAGUUUGGUAAUUCCCAAUCAAGUAUAGAUUCAUAUGCCAGGAAUCAUAUUAAAGCAAUGCCUAAUGUAAAGAACACAAACGAUACUAGAAGGAAAUCCAUGGUUCUAGAAAAUUCUACUAAUCCAAUUGAGGAUGCAUUAUACGAGAUGGAAAGGUUACAGGGCUCAACACAAGCUAAUUCAAAGCUUGGUAGAAUCAAAGACAAUGGUCUUAUUGUGACAUUACCCAUGGUAACUAGAGGAGGUGAGCCAGUGAUAAAAUAUGCUAAGGCUAAUUUUCCAUUAAUAGAUAAUGGCGCAGAUGAACUUGCUAACUUUGAGAAAAAUGAUUAUAUUCUUAUUACUGAGAUUAUAAGUAAUGAUUGGUAUAGAGGUGAAGUAUAUGAUAAUGAGAGGAUCUCUCCCGACCACAGGGAUGGUUUGAUUCCUUAUAAUUUUGUUAGUAUUCUUGGAUAG